AAAGAAAAAAAAAGAAAUAAAACAAAUCCCUCAUCAUAAAUAUUAAACGUGGUGACGAUAGGCACCCAAAUAACAUGUAAUUUCCGUCAUACACACAGCGGGCGACGAUUCCAAUCACCUUUCAAUCUUGGUAUCGCCCCUUCCCUUCUUUUCCACCCUUGGCUUCCCCCUCGAGGUCUUGGGAGCCUGGCGGAAGGGCGCGGGGAAGUGAUGGUAUCGGCUCACACUCCUCGGCUCCUCCUCGGUGUCCUGGGAGCGAGCGAAGCUGUAAACAAGGAGGAAAACCGGACACCAACCCUCGGCGCGGGGACAAUAAACACACUGGAGCGAGGAACUGAGUCACCCGUGUCCCUAACGCACCGAGAUAUAAACACGAUCCGUAUUUUCCUGGUUUAGUUUCUUUCCGACGCAUAAAAAUAUUGAGUGGCCAUAAAACUGAAUUCUAGGGUUAGUUUAAGUGGUCCGAGAGAGGGAGUGACCUAGUGACUGACACGGAGAGUAUAAAACCGCCGGGCGGAGCUGCGUCAGGAGGAGUUACAGGCUGGCGUCUGCGGGAGGACCAUCAAAAGCCGUGUUUUUCUUUAGUGUACUUCCCGACGGACAUAGAUCAUCAGCUACCAUAGAAAACAGUGCCCAGGGCAACUACCGGCGAGAGCAUAGCACCGCUUGAAGGAGCUGCGUCAGGAGGACUCGCUGGCUGGCGUCGGGCGGCGGCAUGGCGGGGCCCCAUCGCGUGCAGAGCGAGGACGUGUGGUACUGGCUGCAGGACGUGACGCACGACCUACUGCUGCCGCCGGAGAGCCACGGCUGGACCACCGGCGGUCUCAUGGUCUCCACCAUGAUCAUCUCCAUGUUGGUGUACGACGUGAUCUCGUUCCUCGUGGAGCUGGUGAGCUCCAGCAGCGGCGCCCAGGGCGGCUUGACCACCACCAUCAUGGGCGGGCGGCGGCGCGGGCGGGGAUCCAGGCGGCGGCUCGUCUCAGCCCCACACCUGCCCGAUCACAGGUCCGCUGAGGCGACCAGCAGAGUCCUGAAUGCCAUUGAGGAUGACAGGUACGGCACGCUGGAGGGCCGGCGGCUGCAGCGCCUGGAGGACAGCGGCGGCCCGAGGUUCUGAGGCGCCGCGGCCCAUGGGACAAACAGACACCUCGUGAACCAGUGCUCCUCAGACUGACAUCACAGCGACGAGUUACCUUCUAAUCCUCACCCCUACAGGCCCAUUCGCAGUCCUCAUGGCAUUACCGAGGGCUGCAGCAUUCCAUAAUCGGGUAGCUCGGCAUCUGUCUCGGCCGGGGCUGGAUCGCGACCCUUAAUCACCGAAGGAAACCAAAGGAAAGAACAACAGUCACUUCGAUGUGUGUGCUCCAUCGUGAUAUUCUGCUGUUACAUUACCUGCAGAUUCCCUUACUUUAGAUUUAUGAUGUUUUGACAAAUAGUGGAAGUAGAAAAAAAGGUAUUUAUAUUUAUUUAUUUAUUUAUAGUCACUCAGCAGUAUAGCGAAAGAUAUAGUUUUGGUUGAAUGGUCUAGCUCUGUAUGGUUUACUUUUUGAAUGGUGUGCGCGUUUGAAAGAGAUUAGUGAACACUCUCAUAAGAACAUAACAACAUAACAUAGGAGUCAGCAAGAGGUCGGUAGGCCUGUACAAGGCUGCUCCUGUGAACCUAAGCUCCCGUGUGUCUAACCCCACCUAAUAUCACUGUCCAUGAAUUUAUCUAAUCUAUUUUUGAAUGUGAAAUUGUAUCAGCACUCACCACAUGACCGCUCAGUCUGUUUCACUCAUCUACCACUCUGUCAGUAAAUCAAUUUUUGCCGAUGCCCCUGUCGAAUCUGAAUUUAUCCAAUUUAAACCCAUUACUACGUGUCCUACCCGGUUCUCUUACCAUCGGAACCAUAUUAAUAUCCCCCUUAAAGCCCUUCAUCCAUAUAUAAACAUCUAUCAAGUCACCUCGCACCCUUCGCCUUUCUAGAGAAUGCAAGUUUAAUUGUUUUAGUCUUUCCUCGUAUGGCAAGUAACCCUUGAAUCAUCUUAGCCAUUCUUCUCUGUACCGAUUCUAACAAUCUGAUAAUUACCUAUCCUUUCUAUAGUAAGGUGACCAGAACUGAACCGCAUAAUCAAGAUGAGGUCUAACUAAUGCUAAAUAUAGUUUGAGGAAGACUUCGGCGCUUCUAUUGUUUACGCUCCUUGAAAUGAAUCCCAGUACCCUGUUUGCUCGAUUUCUAUCUGGAGUGCACUGUGCCCUUGGACGGAGAUCAGAGCUCACUAACACAUAAUCAGCAGCGUCACUCCUACUGUUUCUCUCCCAUUCAUUCCUCUCUCCCUCUCCUGCUCUUCACUUUUCUUUUCCUCCGAUAUUUUCUUCCCUAAACUCCUCUUCUUUGUUCUCUCUCAUCCUUCCUUUGUUUAUUUUUUAAUUAUUUUGCUUUCUUAACUUCCUUCCGUAAAUUUUCUAUGAGUUUAUACUGUGUGUGUGUGUAUGUGUGUGUGUGUGUGUCCUCUCUCUUUCCUCCCCCCCACAGCCUCCAGGUUAAUAAUAGGCCUACCCUGUCUCUCCCUCCCAUCCUCCCUCUCUUCCUUCCUCCCUCUCUCCCUCCUCUCUCCCUCUCCUAUUUUGCCUCCAGGCCUCCUCCUUCUGCUUUCCUCUCCUUGUCCUGCUUGUAGGCUUAACUUUCUCUUUUCUGGCUAAAACCACACACACACACACACACACACACACACACACACUCACACAAACACUCCUCCUUUUUAAUAUAAUUUCUGUUGUUUUUGUUAUGUUUAUUCUUCUUGUUGUUAUGGUUGUUUAUUUGUUUUGUUGUUUUAUUGUUAUUUUUGUUAUCAUUCUAGUGUGUGUGUGUGUGUGUGUGUGUGUGUGUGUGUGUGUGUGUGUGUGUGUGUGUGUGUGUGUGUGUACCAUGUUCAUUAUAUUUUUCACACUGAAAUGUCAAAAAAAAAAAAAAAAAAAGGUAACCAACACAAUAAUGCACCGCGUCAACACACACCAAUGUUAUUUUCCAAGUAAUUUCUAAGUAUUAUAUUUAUCACUACUGUUACUGCUACACCCGCCAGAGGAAGGUAUUAGACUAAAUACCAAAGCACCCAACACUGGAUUAAAUAAACACUAUGACAAGCACUGAGAAGGCGAUUCAAUACCCCAAAAUAAGAUUAUAAAUAGUAACAUAUAUAUUCUUGGAUUUGAAUGCCACCAACCCCACU